UUGUCUCGACUUACUCCAACAACAGCACCGCCGACAUCGACAUCGACUGCGGCACUACGGGAAUCGCUUAUCGCUGCCUUGCUUCUUCUCCCUAGAGCCCGGCGCAUCCUCGACACAACCUACCAUCACCGACAACAGACAGGUAGACAGCACAAGUGGAACGUUCAAAAUGGCUCUUGUAGGAGUCCUUAGCCCCCUCCGGGCCUCGAUGCGCUCGACUGCCGCCAGAACGGGGGCUGUCCGCUCCUUCUCAAGCUAUCUAGUCACCCCCAAGGAGCUGCACGAAGCCCUCAAGAAGGCCCCUCCUUCUCCCAUCUCGUCCGAACCCCGUGUCAUUCCUCUAUGCGCCUCCUGGUUCCUUCCAAACGACCCCCAGAAGCGCACCGGCCUCGACGUCUUCAUCGAAAAGAGAAUCCCCAAGGCACGCUUCUUCGACCUCGACAAGGUGAUCGAUAAGCGCAGCCCUUACUCCCACAUGCUGCCCAGCUCCAAAGACUUUGCCGCUGCCAUGAGCGAGCUCGGCAUCCGCCGCGAGGACACCGUGGUCAUCUACGACAGCCAGGAGCUGGGCAUCUUCAGCGCCCCCCGUGUUGGCUGGACCAUGAAGGUCUUUGGCCACCCCAAGGUCCACAUCCUCAACAACUUUAAGCUCUGGAUCGAGGAGGGUCUCCCUACCGAAUCCGGAAACGUCUGGACGAUCGAGUGCGGCACAUACCCCAUCCCCGAAAUGGACGAGGACAAGGUCGCGAGCUUCGAGGAGGUCCGUGAAGUUGCCAUUGAUUCCAAUAACGAGGGCGUGCAGAUCCUGGAUGCGAGAUCACCCGGCCGGUGGAGCGGCAAGGAGCCAGAGCCGAGAGAGGGUCUGUCCUCGGGCCACAUGCCUGGCUCUAUCAACAUUCCCUUCAGCGCUGUCUUGGACCCCAACACUAAGGCCUUCCUUCCAGCCGACAAGUUGAAGGAGGUCUUCACCAAGGCCGGCGUUGAUCCCUCAAAGCCCAUCAUCUCCAGCUGCGGAACCGGCGUCACGGCCUGCGUCCUCGAAACAGCGCUCAACGAGGCGCAGUUUGGCUCGCCUGAGAAGAGAAAGGUUUAUGAUGGAAGCUGGACUGAGUGGGCGCAACGGGUGAAGCCUUCCGAGUCGCUGAUCCAAACGGUCGAAUAAGCAGAGAGAAAGGAGUAUGAACAGCUCUCGCCUUCGAUACCGGCCGAGCGAACAGCAUGGCGUCGGGUCGUCCUCCUUCUUUACCUUCUUCUGUACAUGUUGCGCCUUGCCCAUCGAGGCUAGCUUGGACUGCGGUAGACGAGUGUGCUUCGUGGGCGUGCUGCGCCUGUUGGGUGGAAAAUGAAUCUGUCAUUGGUGGUGUUCCAGGCGUUCGGAGGGAAGCCCUCAAGGUUGUGUAAACAUGC